GGUUGUGCUGUAACUAGGAACGUUUCGCUGCUCUCCCACAGAAAGAGAACUUGGUCCGUCGAUGUGUUCGCGAACAACUUUAUAUGUGUGCUUUUUCGCACAACUUCCAGUAAUGCGCGAUCCCGUGUGUUCGCCUGAACGGAGGUGUCGUACUUUGACAAGAUCCUGAACUUGUACCUCAUUGCUAAAGUCCAAGCUCAACCUCUGCCGGCAGAGAGCAAGCCGCCUCUUCUUUUGUCCCUCUGACACGCAUAUACAUUUGCUCGGUCACGUCAUGACAAGUAGAGCAUUUCGGUGAAUUCUCGAGCGUGGACAUAAACAAGGACUUCGGACGUGUAUCCAACACGUGAGCAACGUCCGCAUUUCAUCCCGCCUCACCCUGUCUGCGCCGACAGCAUCGUCGGCUAGCCGCCGUUGCCGCUACACCCGCCGCCCUGCGCCCAGCCUGUACCAUGCGGGCCACCGCUCCGCAGCAUGCCCAUAGCGCGUCCGGACAACCUGCCAGAAGAGCUGUGGCCGCAGCCGUCCACGUCGACCGCGUGCCUUGAGAACAACAACCCGGGUCCAUCCACCUCCAACGCAGCUCCCGCCGAGGGCAAGGCUUCGUCCAAAGCUGUUCGAGUCACCGACGCAGUCUCGACCGCACCGGCGGACGAUGAGCGGGUUUCGGGAGCGGAGGCCUCUACAGGCGGACAGUCGACGACCGAUGGCGAAGGCAAGAGCUGCGGCGGCGCCGUGGCCGCCGCGGUGCUCCGCUGCCCGCCGCGACCUCGCCAGUACCGCUCCAAGUCGGCCGUGUCGACGGACCCCAGGAGUCCCUACUACAUCAGUCAGGGCAUCCAGAACAACGAGGCCGUGCGACGGUCGCCCAGCGUCUCGUGCGUGCUGGACGCCAUCCGACGCGAGGCCCAAGAGGGAGGCGAGGUUCCGGGCGUGUCCAAGGCCGCGCUCGAGAAGCCCAGCGUGUCGACCAUACGGCAACACUACUACCCGGAGGGCGGCUGGGGGUGGGUGGUGUGCGCGUGCGCGCUGCUGGUGCACAUGCUCACGCAAGGCGUGCAGGGAGCCUUCGGACUGCUCCUGAUCAUCAUCCGGCAACAGUUCCACGGCGACGAUGACGCCUACACCUUGCACGCAGUGUGCCUGGGAGCCGUCUCCACCGCCGUGGCGUUGUUCCUCUCUCCCGCCGUGGUCGGCGCGUGCCGGCGCAAGAGCACCCGGCUGGUGGCCGUUCUCGGUGGACUGGUGGCCGCACUGGGCUGCCUCUUCUCGUCGUUCGCCUCGCAGUUCCACCAGCUGUUCAUCAGCUACGGGCUGGUGCUCGGCUGCGGCGUCGCCAUGACACGGGACACGUCCAUGUUCAUGGUGGGACAGUACUUCAAGAAGCGACGCGAGCUCGUCGAGCUCCUCCUGGCGGCCGGCACGGGGCUCGGCGUCGCCGUCGUGCCCAUUUUCAUCGUAGAGUGCAUACGGGUGGUAGGCUGGAGGCUGGGCCUACAAGCGCUGACGGGCAUCGUGCUGGUGCUGUUUGUGCUGGGCGUGUUCUACCGUCCGGCGUCUUUGUACCACCCGCAGCGGCGCGCCAUCCUGCACCUCAAGAGCAUGCAGCGCCGAUCCAAGGCCAAGGACCGAGGCUCGCAGGCCUCUGAACGGCCCCCUUUCAUCGACUACGCAGUGCUGCGCUCUCGCACCGUCCAGAUCCUCGUCGCGGGCACUGCGCUAGCGGCCUUUGGAGUCACCACGCCCCUUGUGCUUUUAAUGCACCUCGGUGAGCAAGAAGGCCUCGAACGUUCGUCGCUGCUGCUUCUCCAGGCUUUCUUGGGCAUCGCCAGCGCACUCGGCAGCGCCGCGUUCGGCCUCAUCGUCAUCAAGAACAGCGUGCAGUGCCUCAUCGCGCGCCAGUACUUGUGCCAGGCGGCCGCGUUCAUGAUCAGCGCCUCGCUGCUCGCCUUCACGGCGCUGCACCAGUACCACGGCUACCUCCUGUUCGUCUGGAUAUACGGCAUCUUCCUGGGCGGCUACCAGUACUCGCUCAAGAUGUACACGCUCGAGAAAGUGCGGGCGCGAAAUUUUGCUAAGUGCUGGAGCUUCGUCCAGUGGUGUCAGUCCGUGCCCGUGCUCGUGGGCGUCCCGCUGGCGGGCCUGCUCAACGAGCAGUUCGGAGGCCGCACGGGCUUCUACGUCUCCUCGGCGUUCUCCUUCCUCGGAGCGAUGUCACUCUUCCUUAUAGACCUGCACAAGAAGCGCUCCAGGCGCGGCCAGCCACGGCCCGACUGCCGUCGGUGUUCGGACGCGCCCGCGGCCUCCGGAGCCGACGGUGGUGCGGGCGCCUCGUCCUCGCGCCGCUCCUCGUUCCAGGACUCGCUGUGUCGCGAGACGAGGCUGCAGCAGCGCAGCUUCACCUUCAGCAACUACGCCGACCUGCGGCGCCAGGAGCUGACCUGCAUCUCCGAGGAGGCCAUCAUGGACAACUACCUGGAGGACUUCAUCGACGACUGCAUCACGUCGUGCAACAAGGAGGAGAAGUACCUCAUGCUCAGCGAGUACGAGAACAACCUGAACAAGACCCAGGAGACCCUGGAGCGACGCAUGCGCGGUGUGCGUCGCGCCUCCAUCCUCCUGCCGUACAAGUACGACCAGUGUCCCAGCUGCAUGCGACUCAUGCCCGUUCAGGUGAACGGAGAGCCCGCGCCGAGGUCGUCACCCAGGAGGCUCCAGAGGCCCUCCGUAGACGUCAUCGAAGAAGUCACCACCUCGCUUUGACGGCCCUGUUCGUAAACCGGCCGCGCUGGAAACUCGGCAGCGCUCGGAAAAAAGAUGGACGCGCUGUAGUGACUUCGUUGCGCUGUCGGCUUGUCCGGGCGCUUGAUGCGAGAGUGCGAGAGAAGACUGCGACCAACGAGGUCGAAAGUUUGGACAACUGUACCAUACGUGACGGGCCGAUACCUCGAGCUUGUCAUUGGGCUUUUGUGCGAAGGAGUUGACUUUGUGUACCGGCAUUUUCCUUUCGGCGCCUUGUAAGCCGCAGUAUUUAUUCCCCUAAGGAGGUGGCGAAUAGGUUAUCGCUUGCUGGGUGCUUCAAAUGACCUGAACGGACGCGAGUCUGGAUAGUUGGCGCGUUUAAACCGCGCCUUUCAUGACUGCAAUAAGGUGGCCAUGUUUUCACCUGUGAUUUGUAAUAGCUAAGGGUUGAAGCGUUGAUAAGUUCGCGUUUUAGUAGCGUGGUACUUUGAUCGAGAGGGCGUCUGUCACUGGGGGUUCUAUGUGAGAAGAGUAAAAAGUGGGCCGUUUUUAAGCACCUUCCCAUGAGUGUGCUCAUCCCAAGAUGAUCUCUAUGAAGGAUGUCAAAGUAACAAAAAACAACACUAUCAUGUGCAGCAGAUGUUGUCCAUGUAGUGCGCCCCACUUAGAACACCCCGAACCACCACCAUGAAACGCGGGCACAAAGUGGCGUCUCUCUUAUCCUAGAAGCACGUGGCUUUCUUUCCACGAGGCUCACCAAAAUUUCGUCCAGUUGGUGUUCAUAUACAUCGUCAACGCAUGUAAUGCCAUCAGAUCAAAUGCCUCUAUGCGAACGCGCGAAAUCAAAUG